AGCAUAAGUAUGCAUUCAAUGGAUGCACGUAUCAAAGGCAGUCUGCAGUCACACAUGGCAGGUAGGUACCCAUGAGAUAUCCAUGUAGGCAAGGCACGAGAAGUUUGGCUCCAGGCCCCCUCAAUUCGCUCAGACAGACAGACAGAUGAAAACUUCUCGGUGGAGGGCACAGACAGGCAGACAGCCGCACAGGUCAGACAGAGAGGAUCCAUCGACCUUUACACGCCCAUCACCAGCACCACACUCCAUCCAAUUUGAGAAGAAGACACCACCGCCGCCCCGCCCCGCCCCACCGGCCAGCCACGCAAACACCGAAAAAUUCACCCGGUGUGGUGUGUUGGUGUCUGGCCGAUGGAUGCAGGCACCAACAAGCAGGCGGGCGGUUCGGUUGCUAUCUACCAGACCACAUGCCGGCUGAAACAAGCCUCCCUCCUUUGUGAUACAUACCAUACAUACCAUCAUAACAAAUGGAGCGGCGAAAAAGAAAGAAACGGCGAGUCAGUCAGUCAGUCAGUCGAUUAGUUAGAUAGAACACUCACUCAUAUGUAUGAUAUGAAUUGCAUAUAUACGUCACGUCCAUUGAUCAAAAAGGAUGACAGCCGAGUGGCGGACAGGCGAGCAGGCGAGAGAGAAGUAAAAUGGCGGGAAGCAUCCAUGGGAGGGCGUCACUCAGGGGGCGUGGACAGGCGGUCGGUCGGUCGGUCGGCGGGUCUGUCGGUGGUGUGGCGGGCGAUGGUGUGGCGGCGCCAAGGCUGCCACGACACGCACCACACCACACAGGGAGGGAUGAUGCGCUGCACAAGACAGCCAUCCCGUGUGUGGCCGGUGACCAUCCUGCCUUAUGCCUCACUCGUGACGCCUCUCUGAAAUGUGCAUGGUGGAUGUGUGUAUAUGUGAUGAAGUGUGUGUGUGUGUGAAUGUGUGUGCGUAUCAGUCAGUCGUCAUCCUCAAUGACGAUGGGGUCAUCCUCCAACUGCACACACCCAACACACCCAACACACCCACACCGGCGGCAGCAACACACAACAAACAAACACAGCGUAUCUGUCCGCACGCACCCGCCCCCAGCCCACCUCUAUCACGUCUGGCGCCUCAACCCCCUCGUCGCCACCAUCAGCACCACUGGCAGCAGCCGAAGCCGAAGCCGCCCGAGCGAGCCCCGCUCGCCGUGCCCGCUCCUUCUGCUCGUCCUGUCGCUCCUUCUUCAUCAUGCGGUUCCUGAAGGCUGGCUCGUCGACCAGCUCGAGGUGGAAUGUCUGGAUGACCUGCCCGUGAUCCCAGUCCAGCCGCAUUCGCGGCGGGUUGUCGUUGCGCCUCGGGCGCCAAGCCGGGUCGCGGUAGUGCGGGUCCUUGACCAACGCACCUGAAUACAUAAUGAAUGACAACCAAACAGCGCCACAACACACACAGAGAGAGGAGGGGGGGGGGGCGGGGGAGAGAGGUGUGCGUAUGUCUGCGUGUGUUGUGUUGUGUUGUGUUGUGUCGUGUGGGGGGUGGUUGCCUCCGGUGAUGACGGCUCCGCCGCCCUUGAGCGACUGGACGCGAGCAGACUCAACCGACGCCAAGGGCGCACUCGACACACCGGGGGGCUGGUAACGGGCGGGAGGAGAGGGGUAGCGAGGAGCGUUCCUGCACACAACACAACACCAUAAAACAGCACCUAUUCUAGUGCCAUUGGCUGCUCGGCCAGCGACCGACGCCUGACGGGCGGACAUCCAUGCUGCUCGCUCGCUGCGGCGGCGGACGGCCCGGUCAAGGCAUGGAUGUGGGUCGUGUUCCUGGCUGCCUGCCUGCCUCACUGGCCUGUCUGCCUCUCUGUCUCCCUCACCUGUGUCCCCCAUCGUAUCCGCCUGCAUAAUGUGGCUCGUAGCGGCCGUACGAUUCAUAUCGCCCGCCGCCGCCACCACCGUAGCCAUACGGCUCGUAGCGAUACCCACUACCAUAACCCCCAUCCCCACCUCGACCAUAGCCCCCACCACCACCAUGGCCGUGGCCGUGUCCCUGCCCGUGCCCAUGGCCAUGUCGGCGGCGCUCUCGCUGCUGCCGCUCCCAGGCGGGGUUGAGCGUCUCUGGGAGCUCCGUCACGAUGACCUUCAUCCUGCUAAACGCCGACUGCUUGUCAGCCUCCUCCGCCUCCAUCUCCUUCCGCUGAGGGAGGGAGAGGGACACACAGACACACACAGAGGGAGCCGACAUGUCUCGUGUCUCUCACUCUGUUCUCUGUGUCCUUCCCUGUGCCGUGUGUGUCCUUCUACUAUAGUGACGUACCUCCGCCUUGACGAUUUGGAGGGGCUGUGUGCGCUCGAGCUGCUGGGCGCGUUGCUCGUAGGGGUGGACGUUCUGCACCACCGUAUAGUCGUUGCCCUUCACAAUAUACUUCUUGGUCUUGAUGUCCUGCAGGGGCGGCGGCUGCUGCACCACGAGCUGCAUGGCCACACGACGGUCGGCGAAGAAGUUCUGGCACUUGAUGCCAAAGGGCACCGACCCCCGCUCCCCCUGCUUGUCCAGCAGGGGCUGGACGUUCACCAGCCACCGGGACUCGUUCCUCCGCUCGCUCAGCUUGAUGGCCUCCAUCUCCUUGUUGGUCGUCUGGUCGUAGACGGUCGCACGGAUGCGCUCGAGCGUGAUGUCCUCGAAGCUCUGGCUCUUGUGGGUGGAGGGUGCGGCACGGGCGGCGCUCUCGCUCACCUUGGCUACUGCGGGCGCUCCUCCCCCCUCCCGCCCGUCAGACUGGCGGGAGGGAGGAGCCAACCCGUCAGCAGCUGACGCCACUGGCUCCUGCUGCUGCUGCUGGCUGUAUCGCGGCGUGACGGUCUCGCGCUUCAGCUGCUGUCCCUCGUCCAUCGUGUGUCCAGCAGAGGGCAUCGCUGGCGACCUGUGAGACACACAGGACACCACACAGCCAUCCCCCGCACGUUACCUUCCCCUCCUGACCCCUCCUGGCUCUCUCGACCUGACAACGGAGUGUCGACCACUUGAGUACGCAAAAGCUAUCUAACCUGGGACUCCCCUGACCUUCCCUGCCUCUCUGAAACACUGAGCUAUCAAAUUACUUCUUCUCCCGCUCGCAAUUCGGUUACACGGGCUCCCUUCUUUUGCGAGCUAGAGAGCGACGGUUGUUCGUUCGUUCUUUUCAGCAU